AUGUGGCGUGGAAAUCCCAAUGCCAUCAGAAACGAAAUCACUUCCAACGAAGUAGAAGCCAUGAGAAAGCAUUUAAAGUCAUUAGUCCAACUGUCCAAACAGCAUGCUCCAGGCGAGCUUCCAAUAUCAACACUCAUAGUCGAUCCAGAAACAGACACAGUUGUUGUGUCGAACUCUGAUGCCAGGCAUUCCAAUGGCAAUCCCAUCAACCACAGUAUAAUGGUAGCUCUGUACGAUGCCGCUAUUCUAGAGGCCGAAAGAAGAAGACAGUUGUCUGCCGAGAGAAGUUCUCGCAGCUCGUCACUACGGCCCGACGAGGUCAACAGUCGAGCCAGUACACCAUCUUUGAAUGUCAAUAACAUCAACAACAGCCAGUCUUUAAACGGUACCACUACUAUUUCAUGUGCUACUACCACUACAGUUACGUCAACUACGAUCGACAACCUCCACAAUACAGACUUGUCACCACCUGGUCUGAUGACAGCCUCGUCAGCGUCUGUAUCAUCAGCAUCCACCUUAAACACACUCGACCAGCUAUCUCCCGACGACAAAAACUACCUCUGUCUGAACAUGCACGUCUACACGACCCACGAACCAUGCCCCAUGUGCGCCAUGGCAUUGGUCCACUCCCGCAUUGCUCGACUCAUUUACAUCAAACCGAGCCCCAAAACCGGUGCCAUCGAGCCCACCAGCGGUGCCUCUUACGGAGUCCACUGGAACAAACUGCUCAACUGGAAAUACGAAGCCUGGCGCUGGCAAGCCGACGGCUACCUCGCAACCGACGACGAUAAACUCAUCUCCUCUGUCGAGGACAUCUCCCCCGACAUUAACGGCUAA